CUCCACUUCUUAACCUCCCCCGGCAGUACUCGCUACCGUAGUUCCCUGCACCGUUUCUCUAGCUGAGCCUCCAACAAGGCCAGCGUUCUUCACUCGAGGCGCCCAGGGUUCUUCUCGGCUCCACCCCAAUGCAGCGCGCAGGGUACACGCGCCGCCACCUCCCCCUGCGCAUGCGUGGUGGGAUGCGUUGGGGGCUGGGCCUGUGCGCGGAGUGCCCCUCCCCGCGCCAAGUCGGAGCCGCCAGCUCCCAGCACAGCAAGCUGUCCGGAAGUCAACGCUGGAUAUCGGCUUCCAACAUAGCGGCGGGCUUAUGGGAGUUGUGGUCCUGCCCGUCGUCCUGUCCCCAGCACGCCCGGACUCCAUUUCCCGUGGAGCCACGGGCGUCCGACUUCCGGUGCAGGUACGGGUCGGCGCACGCGGCCUCGUGCCGGUUGACUUUGCGGAGCUAUGGAUGGAGGCUUCGGCUCGGAUUUCGGUGGCUCGGGGGGCGGCAAGCUGGAUCCGGGGCUCAUCAUGGAGCAGGUGAAGGUGCAGAUCGCCGUGGCCAACGCGCAGGAGCUGCUGCAGAGGAUGACAGACAAGUGCUUCCGGAAGUGCAUCGGGAAGCCGGGGGGCUCCUUGGACAAUUCGGAGCAGAAAUGCAUCGCCAUGUGCAUGGACCGCUACAUGGACGCCUGGAAUACCGUAUCCCGCGCCUACAACUCGCGGCUGCAGCGAGAACGAGCCAACAUGUGACCGGGAGGUGCUGGGCCUGGCCCAACUGGUGGGCCGCCCCUACCCGUGUUCAAUUUCCAUAAAUGUGCUUUGUGAGGCAGGGGCUCGCGUGUGCGUGCUGCCUGCCACUGGUUUAUGAGGAUGACACUGGUGCUGGGACACGGGAUUAUGCCUCCCCUCUUUUGCCUAGCCGACCUCCCACCUGUCAGUGAGUGUAGUUGGGGACUUGGGGGUCCUGGAAUUUCCCAAAGUGUUGGCCAUAGAGUCCUCCUGUGGACCUGGGGUUGGGGCUAUAGUUAGACCCCACGUGAGCUGUGACCUCUUCGGGGUGGGCUGACAAAUAAAUUUAUGAGGGAGGGGUGGA